AUUUAGCGCAUCUGGAGAGGACGGAGGCAUUUCUCAUAUGCCCCUCAGACGAGGGAUCCUCAUCACCUCACAUAUUUCUCUAUCCAAUCUGAAUCUAGCCUCUCUUGUGUCUUACAUCCUUGUCUCCAUGCUUUCCGAGGCAUUUUGAAUUUCCUUGGCAACAUGGAGCUGCCUGAAUUAGAAUUCUCUGCAUGACGGUCCUGGUAAGCAGCAGGAUGGUGUCUGGGGAGGCAGGAGGGCACAGCUACCUGGUGGCAUGCUGGCAGCCCAUCCUGGUUCUGAUGCUGGGCACCGUCCUUUCUGGCUCCACCACUGGUUGCCCUUCCCGAUGUGACUGCAACGCCCAGGAGCGCUCGGUUGUGUGUCAUCGACGGAGACUGGCAGCUCUUCCUGAAGGCAUCCCGAUUGAAACCAGGAUUCUGGAUCUCAGCAAGAAUCGCCUGAGAAGCCUGGGCCCGGAGGAGUUCAUUAAUUAUCCUCAGUUAGAGGAGCUGCAACUAAACGAAAACACUAUCUCAUCCAUUGAGCCUGGGGUUUUUAGCAACCUUGUAAACUUACGGACUCUAGGGCUGCGCAGCAACCAGCUGAAGCUCAUUCAGCUGGGAGUGUUCACUGGCCUGAGCAACCUCACCCAACUGGAUAUUAGUGAGAACAGAAUUGUCAUUCUCCUGGACUAUAUGUUUCAGGAACUAUACAACCUGAGGACUCUGGAGGUUGGUGACAAUCAUCUAGUCUUCAUCUCGCCCCGCUCUUUUCAUGGCCUCAGCAACCUUGAAAGCCUCAGCAUUGAGCGAUGCAAUCUAGGCUCAUUGCCCACUGAUGCCCUCAGCCAUCUGCAUAACCUGUUGUCGCUUCGAUUGCGCCAUUUCAAUGUCAGUGUCAUACGGGAUUACUCCUUCAAGAGGCUCUAUCGACUCCGAGUGUUGGAGAUUUCUCAUAUGCCUAGCCUGGAUACGAUGACCCCAAAAUGCCUGUAUGGACUAAACAUCACAUCAUUGUCCAUCACAAGCUGUAAUCUUUCCGCCAUCCCCUACCAAGCCAUCCGUCACCUGGGGUAUCUCCGAUUUCUGAAUCUGUCUUUCAAUCCCAUUCAUACUGUGGAAGGGAACCAACUCUUCAAUCUACAGAGGCUCCAGGCUUUUCACUUGGUUGGUGGGCGAUUAACCAUCAUUGAGCCCUAUUCUUUCAAAGGACUCAAUCAUCUCCGUAUUCUCAACGUAUCCAGCAAUAGCUUGAGCACCCUGGAGGAGUCUGUCUUCCACUCUGUGGGGAACCUGGAGACUCUCGCUCUGUACGACAAUCCUUUGGCUUGCGACUGUCGCCUGCUUUGGGUCUUCCGCCGGAGGUGGAGGCUCAACUUCAAUAGACUGCAGCCCAUGUGUGCUUCACCUGAGGCUGUAAAGGGCAAAGAGUUCAAGGACUUCCCUGACGUCCUCCCUUCUGACUAUUUCACCUGCCAGAGGUCUGAGAUUGUGGACCUCAAGGUUCAAGAAAGCCAUGUAGAUGAGGGAACUACAGUCCACUUCACUUGCGAAGCUAAAGGUGAUCCAGUCCCUGUAAUAAUGUGGCUGUCCCCAAGGAAGGAAUUCAUUACUACCAAAACAGUGGGGUCAAGGCUUACUGUGUCUAACGAUGGUACCCUGGAGGUGCGUUAUGCCCAAAUCCAGGACAACGGUACCUACAUGUGUGUUGCAAGCAACGCAGCAGGCAAUGACACCAAACCUGCUCACCUCUUUGUGCAUAGCUACUCUCCCAACUGGCCCCAUCAGCCAAACAAAACAUUUGCCUUCAUUUCCAACCAGCCUAGUGAUGAAGGUGCAAACGUGACCCGGGCAACAGUUCCAUUCCCAUUUGAUGUAAAGACACUUAUCAUUGCAACCACCAUGGGGUUCAUCUCUUUCCUCGGAGUUGUCCUCUUUUGCCUGGUUAUUCUCUUUCUCUGGAGUAGAGGUAAAGGGAAUGCAAAAUCCAAUAUAGAGAUUGAAUAUGUACCACGAAAAGAAGAGGCAGACGAGGCCAGCCCGACUGAAGCGCCAUUAAAAUUCAACAUGAAAAUCAUGUGAAGUUCAAACAGGAGGUCAUGUAACCUUACAAACUGCGCUCAAGGUGGAUACUACUCUCGCUUGAAAUAUGUGCUCAAUUGAUGAGAUAGAAAUUGCACAGCAGCAAAAGUAUCUUGACAUUACACCCCAGACAUUUUUUUAACUUCAGGGGAUGAAUCUUUAAAAGCAAAUUUUCAAUUUCACAUGUUCAAAUUUAUGUGGAUUUUUAUCGGCAAUAGUCAACAAGAAAAAAAGAAAGCCAGUCCUACAAUACGUACUCUAUCUACACUUUGAACUAUACAUAUUUUUUCUGUAUCUUGUUCUUUCCUUGUACAUUAUGCUAUGGCACAGUAUUAAUGCUUUUAAUGGCUAUGGGUUUUGAACAUAUUAAAAUCUAAAGAGCAGGUUAAAUUUUCAGCAUACAUGUUUUUGAUGUAAUUCAGCCAGAAGAAAGUGGUGUUUAGGAAUGUUGUGCAGAGUAUGUCUGAAAAUCAGAAAAAAAAAAAAAAAAAAAAAAAGUUAGCAAGAGCAGUAAAGUUAAUUUAUUUAACCAUUUUGGCAUCUCAGUGAGCAGUUGUACUGUUCUGUCCAACUCCUGGGGUUAUACUAUCAUUCCUACAUCUCAAAAAUGGUGACAUUAUCAUUCUAAUGCCUUAAGUUUACCAUUUUCUGCUUUUAGCUGAGCAAUACAUCAUAUUUCUUUUGUCUCAGAAGGAUAUUAUGUUGUCUAAUUAAUUUUGCAGUCAAGGUCUGCUCUGAAGAUAAUAUGUUCAUUGACUUUUAGAAUAAUUGCCUUUGAAAAGGAUGGUCAGAUGGAAAGUCUAUUAAAAUAAAUAACAUUUUAUACUGCAAGGUUGCAUAUGUUAUGCUAAUUUGCUAUAAAAGUGAAUGUAAGAGAUUUUUUUUCCAUCUCCAAGGGUGGAAUUUCUUCUCCAGUAACUUAACAAAAUCAUGUUUAGUGAGCUUAUAGUUCAUUUGUGGAGGCAUAUGUAGAGAGGUGUACCACACUCUUUAGAGCUAUUUUCAUGAAUCAAUGGCACAAAGUGCAGGGUGCAGCCGGCUUGGCGUCAGACAUUUUGUAUUUUUGUGGUCAGAGGCACAUGGUGCAUCUGUGGAAAAGUUCAAAAUAGGGUGGGAGUAGGAGGUAUACAUUAUCGGUGGAUGUGGUAGGGCCUGGUGUCGGCGAUGGCAAAUCAAAUCCAUUCCUCUCAGACCCUUUACAAGCAAAAAAAAAAAAAAAAACACCCUGCCAUGGCAAACAUUUUCACAUCAGAGAGUACAGUCCAGGCUGGUUUCUCCCACGAGGAAACUGAUAUGCCUGUCCAGGACAAGAGGUGAAUAUACAGCAGUCCAAAUAUGAAUAUACUGUAGUCCAAAAUGUGAAUAUACAGCAUACCAAAUGUGAAUAUACAGCACCCCAGACACGAAUAUAUAGCACCCCAAAUAUGCCACCAAAGGCAGAUGAUGAAUUCACGUUUCAUGAGAUAUAGCUCAUUCACUACACCUUACAAGGUACAUCUCCUGUGUAAUGAUGCACACUUGGAAGACAAUGAUUUACAGAGUAACAAUAUAUGGAGUUACAACUAACACUGAAGUACAAUAAAAUAUGGUUCAAUUAUUUUGCUGGUUGCCUGUGGUUUGUUUUACUUAAGUGAUUAAACAAGACAGUAUUCAGUUACUAUGGCCUUGUAUCACAGUUAGUAUCGUCCAUACCACAAGUUCAGCAACAGCCUCUUUAAGCCAUUUGUGUUAACUGACAAUUCCCCAUCAUAAUCCUGUUAAUAGGACUGCAGAGAAAAUUGUGGAAAUUUGCUGAAAAUGCCAUGUUCCCUGUCCUCACAGUAUCAAAGCUAAAACAUUUAAUACCACAACAACAACAACAACAAUAAUAAUAAUAAUGAUAAUAAUAAUAAUAAUAA